AAAGCCGAAUGUAAAAUUCGUGAAUUUCAAUUAAAAACUGAUGUAAUUGUAAAAGCUAAAAGGCAUGAGGAUCGUUAGUUAAUAAAAGAUUAAUAAAUAUAGAAAAUGUUUUACCACAUUUCAUUGGAACAUGAGAUUCUAUUACAUCCACGAUACUUCGGUCCACAAUUACUAGAUACGGUGAAGCAGAAAUUAUAUACAGAAGUCGAAGGAACAUGCACUGGAAAGUACGGUUUUGUGAUCGCAGUAACGACAAUAGAUAAUAUAGGAGCUGGUUUAAUUCAACCAGGCCAAGGUUUCGUUGUGUACCCUGUCAAAUACAAGGCGAUUGUGUUUCGACCAUUCAAAGGGGAGGUUCUUGAGGCGAUAGUUACGCAAGUAAAUAAGGUGGGAAUGUUUGCCCAAAUAGGACCCCUAAGUUGUUUCAUUUCACAUCAUUCUAUUCCAGCUGAUAUGGAGUUCUGUCCAAAUGUGAAUCCACCCUGUUAUAAGAGUAAGCAGGAAGACAAUGUCAUACAGGAAGAAGAUGUCAUCAGAUUGAAAAUAGUUGGCACAAGAGUGGAUGCUAAUGGCAUCUUUGCCAUUGGGACGCUGAUGGAUGAUUACCUAGGAUUAGUUACACAAUAAGAUUAUGUAAUAAAUGAAUUUAAACAACUCCUCUGGUAUUAUCAUUUAUUUGGCAAUCAAAUAAUAGGUUAAAUUCCAUAUGUACACAUUGUAACAAAACAAUCCAAAAAAGGAUAAUAUAUUUGGACAUCUCAGUCUAUUUGGGCAGUACAGUUUCACAGAACAGGUAAAUGAGGAUUCGUUAAUUCUAAUACAGUCACCUUAUAUCUAUUACACCCUUUAAUAUUGUAUAAAAACAGUGCAGAACAAUUUUAUUAUGGUGAAACAGUUUAAUUGAAAAUCAUUUAGUGCAUU